AUGGCUUCUGAGGUCACCAAUAAAAAGGCAUGUGACAAGUCGUUUUGCAAAGACUAUCUCCUACUAAGCCCCAAAGACGUCACAUUAUGGGAUCUAAUAAUGCUUUUGUUCUCCAAAAAUAUUGGAAACAGGAAGUUCAUCGACUGUCCAAAUGGAACCGUCGAAGAAAGCUUUUCACGGCGGUUUGUCAUCUUCAUAUCCAUUGCGGCCCAAAAGCUUCUUCACCUUGUUAACAAACCAAUGGGUUGCGUUGGCUCAGCCAUCGAAUUUAUGCCCAACUUUUUAGAUGCCAAUAGAGGAUUUCUCAAGCUGCUUUUGAAUCUCUUAUCAGGAAACUUGGUGUCACCGGAUAAAGAGUCACCGGAAUUCUUGACAGCGAUUGGGUUAGGGGACAUUCGAAGGGAUUUAGACAGUAGAAUUAAGCAUAAGGAUCCCAGAUACACAAGUGCACUAGCUAUUAUGGCUGCUAAAUCUGCAUAUGAAAAUCAGGCUUACAUCAAAGACACUGUCCAGAAACACUGGAAGAUGGAGUUCUUGGAGUUCUUUAAUUGUUGGAACGAUUAUGAAGAAGAUUACACCACACAGGGAUUCAUGUGGAGUGACAAGACUGGGGAUACCGAACUCAUAGGUAUUUCCUUUAGAGGCACAUCACCUUUCAACGCUAAAGAUUGGUCAUCCGAUGUUGAUAUUUCAUGGUAUGACCUCCCUGGUAUAGGCAAGGUCCAUGCCGGCUUCUUAAAAGCCUUGGGGUUACAAAAGAGCCGAGGGUGGCCCAAGGAUAUCCAUGGAGACGAUCAAAAAGCCUACGCUUACUACGUCAUCAAACAAAAGCUCAAAGAUCGCCUUGGGAGUAACCCAAAAGCCAAGUUCAUUGUAACUGGACAUAGUUUGGGAGCUGCAUUAUCGGUUGUGUUUCUAGCAGUCUUGGCACACCAUAAUGAGACUGACUUACUAUCAAAACUUGAAGGGGUUUAUACAUUUGGACAACCUAGAGUUGGUGAUCGUAAAUUCGGCGAAUACAUGAAAGAGGUGCUGGUAACACAUGGUUUGAGGUACCAUAGAUUUGUUUAUUGCAAUGAUGUGGUGCCUAGAGUACCCUUUGAUAACUCUAAUCUUAUGUUCAAGCACUUUGGUGAUUGCCAUUAUUACAAUAGCUUCUACAAAGGCCAGGUGCUUGCUGAAGAACCAAACAAAAACUACUUCUCAAUAUUUGCUAUGAUACCCAUGUUUGUAAACGCAAUUUGGGAGUUGUUAAGGAGCUUCAUUAUAUAUUAUCAAAAUGGGGCAGGGUAUAGUGAGACUUAUACUUGUCGAGGUUUGAGAGUAAUCGGACUUCUGAUUGCAGGAUUGGCGGCUCACGGUCCACAAGAUUAUGUUAAUCUCACAAGACUAGGUUCGCCUGAGUUAUUCAAACCUGCUUCGUAUGUCAAUAAAUCAACCACCGUAGUCGAAUGAGUACGUAGUACCAAUUGGUCGAAACAAAUUGGCAAAUAGAAAAGAUACAAGACUAUAUAUGUACGUGUUUUUUUGCUAGAUGUUAUUAUUCUAAGAGUUUGAUGUAAAUUUAAUCCUCGGAAAUUUUCCUGUUCUCGUAAUUUUAUGUAUCCAUGGCAUG